GUUUAUUCUCCUCCUGUGAUCACCAACAUCAUCACUUACUCAUUGCCCCGUGGCCGAUGAUCGCCGGCCAUUCCCCUCCCCAUCCCCAUACUUCCAGUAUUCUCCGCCGUCUCCGUUCGCCUCGUCACUGUGGGGAACACCCGGCCAUUCUCCAGCAUCAUCCAUCGCUAACUAAGUGAUUCGCCGAUGGGUCCUCCCCGUCAUCACCCACUUUCUUCUCCCUUCUCUUCUUCUUUUCUUCUAGACUCCCCCCCUCCUCUCGUCUUGAUCUUCUCCAUCCUCUUACUUCUUCUCUCGCCCACCAUCGUCGCUGCAGAUAUUUCGGGCGACUGGACGGUGAAGCCGUCCAACAACUCGGCAGACCUCUCCUGGAUUGGAGACUACAGAUACUUGUUGAACAGCUCUCAACUCGUGCCGGCCGCAUCCGUGACCUUAGCUCCGCUGACCCAGGCCUUGGUCAAUCUCACCGAGUCGGAACUUACAAAUUUGCGUAUCACGGGUAGCUUGGUGGACGUAGACGCCACCAAUUCUCGGUCUUUAAGUAGCCAGGAUAUCGCUGUCAUCAGUUGCGACGCUUCUGCAUAUCCCGGGAUCUUAGAUGCCAGUCAGACGGUGAACUACGUCCUCAACGCGCAGCAGAAGGCAGCCGCGGUGAUCCUGUACAGUGCAUCUGCAACUCACUGCACGUAUUCACCUUCCGGCUCAUCCGCCAGCCAGUACGACAACGUUUUUACUGUGUUGAACCCGCCCUGGUCCAAGCAGCUUUCCACACAGCUUACUUCCCUCGGGGACGGCUCAUCUACCAUCUAUCCCAAGUCCACCAACAUGUCGUUCAUAGCUUCGAACACGAACAACCAGGUCGGGUCGACCGGUGACAGUCCGAACACUGCGAUGAUCAUCUUGUACACGAUCACCGGUAUCAUCACGGCGCUCUUUCUAGCCAUCAUCAUUACCGGAGCAGUCCGGGCCCAUCGCCACCCUGAGCGCUAUGGGCCGCGGCAUACGGCGGGAAGACCGCGCCAGAGUCGAGCAAGAGGCAUAGCACGAGCCAUGCUUGACACGAUCCCGAUCGUCAAAUUCGGGGACAACAACGACCAAGGCGGCAAGACCGAGGCAGCCAAGGGGGAUGUAGAGAUGGCGAUGGGACCUGAGGCGCAGUCUCGUGAGACUCUAGAGGAGGGACGUGAGACGACGACCAUGCCUGCGACUACGAACACGACGGAUGAGGUCUCUGCUCCGAUAUCGCCUCAUUCUCAGGAGAUGCCGAUGGCUGCGCCGCAUUCCACGGACGAGCCACGCAGCACUGCCCCCGAUGCGGGAACGACCACGGAUUACCCAAACUUUGCCUGCCCAAUCUGCACGGACGACUUCGUUAAGGGCCAAGAUCUGCGCGUGCUUCCGUGCAACCAUCAAUUCCACCCGGAGUGUAUUGAUCCCUGGUUGGUGAAUGUGUCUGGCACCUGCCCGCUUUGUCGUAUCGAUCUCAACCCCGCUCAGCCCGAAGGUGAAGAAGGCCCAGGCACGGGCGAUAGCCACGCGGAAACAGCUCCCGAGGCGGCCAGUUCCACGCCCACGGCGCCCGAGGGUAACAGCCACCAGCACCGCCACCGUCGACUGAGCAGUUAUCUCCACAACACGCUGAACGCCCGCCGUAUGCGCGAUGCCAGUGUCGAAGAGCGUCUCGCAGCUCUGCGCAGCGUUCGGGAAGAGGCGACUCGCCAGGACUCAUCCUCAGACCCAACCGAAGAGAGCGAUGAGCACCGCCGCCGACGUAGCGGUCUGACGAGACGGCUGCGCGAGCGGUUCCGCGUGCGCACUCGGGCGCAUGAGACCGAGCCGACACCAGAAGAAGCGGUCACACCCGCCCCUGCCACUACCUAACGAUCUACAUACACGACGAUUUUCUCGGUCUGUGCAUGUUACAUGUUUUCCUUUUUUUUCCCAUUCGAGCACCGCGCGCAGAC